GCGGACCUUCCGGGUGUGUGUUUCCGGCGUCGGUGGCGGCGGCCGGGGACGGUGUGAGAGCGGUAAGAUGGCGGCCGCAGCGGUGGUGGAGUUCCAGAGAGCUCAGUCCCUACUCAGCACCGACCGGGAGGCCUCCAUCGACAUCCUCCACUCCAUCGUGAAACGUGACAUUCAAGAAAAUGAUGAGGAGGCAGUCCAGGUCAAAGAGCAGAGCAUCCUUGAACUGGGGUCUCUCCUGGCGAAGACUGGACAAGCUGCUGAGCUUGGAGGACUCCUGAAGUAUGUACGACCUUUCUUGAAUUCCAUCAGUAAGGCUAAAGCAGCUCGUCUGGUCCGAUCUCUUCUUGAUUUGUUUCUUGAUAUGGAAGCAGCUACAGGGCAGGAGGUCGAGCUAUGUUUAGAGUGCAUCGAAUGGGCCAAAUCAGAGAAAAGAACUUUCUUACGCCAAGCAUUGGAGGCAAGGUUGGUGUCUUUGUAUUUUGAUACUAAGAGGUACCAAGAAGCAUUGCAUCUGGGUUCUCAGCUGCUGCGGGAAUUGAAAAAGAUGGAUGAUAAAGCCCUUUUGGUGGAAGUACAGCUUUUAGAAAGCAAAACAUACCAUGCUUUGAGUAAUCUGCCGAAAGCCCGAGCUGCCUUAACCUCCGCUCGAACCACAGCCAAUGCCAUCUACUGCCCCCCUAAAUUGCAGGCCACUUUGGACAUGCAAUCAGGUAUUAUUCAUGCAGCAGAGGAGAAGGACUGGAAAACUGCUUACUCAUACUUCUAUGAGGCAUUUGAAGGCUAUGACUCCAUUGAUAGCCCCAAGGCCAUCACAUCUCUGAAGUACAUGUUAUUGUGCAAAAUCAUGCUCAACACCCCUGAAGAUGUCCAGGCUUUGGUGAGCGGAAAGCUUGCACUUCGGUAUGCAGGGAGGCAGGAGUAGUGACUUUAAUGUGUUGUGCCAGUCUCUGGUAUGAGCUUUAUUUGGCAGGCCCUGACAGACUACCGGGCAGAGCUCCGGGAUGACCCAAUCAUCAGCACACAUUUGGCCAAGUUGUAUGAUAACUUACUGGAACAGAAUCUGAUCCGGGUCAUUGAACCUUUUUCCCGAGUACAGAUUGAACACAUAUCUAGUCUCAUCAAACUCUCCAAGGCCGACGUGGAAAGAAAAUUAUCACAGAUGAUUCUUGACAAGAAGUUUCACGGGAUUUUGGACCAGGGGGAGGGUGUCCUGAUCAUUUUCGAUGAACCCCCAGUAGAUAAAACUUAUGAAGCUGCUCUGGAAACAAUUCAGAACAUGAGUAAAGUAGUGGACUCCCUCUACAACAAAGCCAAGAAGCUGACAUAGAGUUGGAUCUGUAGCGGUUCUUUGGAGAGUGUGUGUGGCGGGAGAGUGAACCCUUGGGGAAAUGCUAGGAGAUUCUUUUCUUUCUGUUCUACUUUUCGCUCGGAAAGUUUUUAACCCUCAUUGGUGCAUCUGUAUCCAGCGAUAGGCGGCCAGUUCUCAUGUAAUCAGCACUGGCCAACAUGGGAGUGGGGAAAUUGCUUAAAAAAAAAGAAAAAAGAAAAAAAAGAUUCUAAAUAAAAGGAAAAAGGCUUACACUACCUAAAGCUGUGCUCUCUGCCUCCUGGGAGAGGGCCGCAAAGCCAGGCACCCCGCCAACCACUGGGGAUCCUCAUCCACCUGCUGGGCGCCACCUCUCCUCCUCUUCAGAAUUGGGUGUUUGCUGACCAUCAAAAGCAACGACUUUUUAUUCUGUUUGUACUGAACCAAAACAAACAACUGUGUAUAGACUGCUGUUUUCUUUUUUAUUUGAAACGAGGCGUUGGUGUGCUCUCCCUUCCCUCUCUGACUUUGGCUCCAGCAGACUACCUGAAAGGCCGGCUGUGGAGCCACUGCAAUACGGCUCUGCUCUGACCUGUGAAAGAAUGGGAACAAGUCCAGGAGCUAGUGUCCACUAUGGCCACAUGGGCGGGCGCAGUGUGGGCCUCAGCCCUCAGGGUGCCUGCUGUGCACAUGGCUUUCUUUAACACAGUAACUAGAUUAGAGGGCAGUGUUUUAACCACCCCUCCUCCCCUCUUUGCUUUCCUCUCCUCUAUUUGCUUUCAGCCGGGAGACCAUGUCCUUUCUCUUUCCCUCUAGAGGAGUUGGGUUGUCUGACUCCAUCUGCUGCUUUCCCUCUCUACCCGUCUCUCCUGCUGUCAGAUGGAACUAUCCCUUUUCAAAACAGUAACAUGGGGAAUGAGGCUGGGUGGUUUUAACUUAAAUUACAAAAAAAAAAAAAAAAAAAACCAAACCAAAA